AUGUCGCACACUGAGCAGCAAAAGAAGCUUCAUGGGUUGCUGAAAAGAAUUUCAAACCCUCGGAAUUUCUUUAGGGACCGGCAUCAUGUAGAGAUAGAGAAUGCAGCCGAAAGUAGCUCGCCGCAACCGCCAUCAACAACCGUGAUACCUGUGAAUGCUCUUGAUGAAGUUGCUGAAGUUAAUCCUCUCAGUUCCAGCGUUUCUACUCAGGUUGGAAACGAUAAGAAUCCAGUAGUAGCUCCUGGGUCUGAUCUCGCAUCGAGGUCAACUUCGAUCCACAAGGCUCUUUGGGAGAAAGCCUACAGCAACCUUAGGAGCGACGAAAAGAAAGCAGAAUACGUCACUAAGUAUGAGCAAUUGUUGUCCACAGUCAUUUUGAACCAAAAAGUGGGCGAGCAAAGUAUCGGAGAAGACCAAAUGAAAGAAAUCAUCGCGCAGGGCUUGAAGAAAAUCGAAAAGUACCAAAAAGCAAUCAAGAAUUCAGAGGACAAACUCGAAGCUGUCAAAGCCAUAAAGAGCAUUAUUGAAAUUCCGUUGAAAAACAUCCCACAGACUGCUUUGCCUUGGGCUAUUAUCUCUUCUACUAUCGAUAUCUUCCUUAAGCCAUUAGAAGUCGGGGCGGAGUUCUACAAUGGAGUUGGCUUUGUGGUUGGCAGGAUCGAAUGGUACUCUAGAUUCACCAACCAGCUCCUUAGUCAGAGCAGCUUCAGGAAUGAGAGCCCCCUUAUGAACAUACGCACGGACAUUGAACUGAGUAUCACGAAUCUUUACCAGUCUCUACUCUUCUACCAAAUCAAGAGCGUCUGUUGUUUUUAUCAACGCCGUCAAAUUUUAGUGUUGAUCCGGGGGGCACUACGUUUUGACAAUUGGAAAGGUGAUUUGGACGAUAUUAAGGCCGCAGAAAAAGCCCUUCGUGAGAAAUGUGACUUCUACAGACUGGAAUGUCUGAAUGAUGAAAUACAAGAAAUAAGCAUGAAGCACGACGUCCAGGAGAGGGCUAACAAUUUCCACAAACGUCUCCAAGCUAUACGACAUGUAGACCCAAAAAACAUCGCGGGAACGAUCUCGAAGCUCAGGGAAGACCCGAUGGCCGAUCUUUAUGAAUGGAUCUUUGGGACCGAUGUUUUUCAGGCUUUCGCAAAAUGGGAAGAUCAAAAUUCCUCGAGACGACUAUGGAUCAGCGGACAAGCUGGCACAGGGAAGACGAUGUUCCUGCUGGGCACAAUAAAGCAAAUUCAAACCAAUUGUCUUUUUCAAACCGGACUCGAAGAACCCCCGGCGCUCAUAUAUUUCUUCUGCCAAUCUACCGACGAUCAACUAAACAAUGGUGCAGCAGUGCUUCGAAGCCUAGUAUGGAUGCUACUUUGUCAACAGCCAGAUUUGAUGAAGCAUCUGGAAGAAAAAUUCUCCUCGUCAGGGGAUAAGUUCAUUCAUGAUCGAAAUUCAAUUGUCACGUGGUGUGAAGUCAUGACCAAUAUGCUCAGAGACUGUGGUCGCAUUAUUGUCCUCAUCGACGCCCUUGACGAGUGUGAGGAAGUGUCCAGAAGAUUCCUAGCUAGCUUUCUGGAGGAGCUGCUGGGUGAAGAAGAAUUAUCUCAUGUCAAAUGGCUGAUCACUAGUCGGCCCAUCUGGGACCUUAAACAUAGCCGGUCAGGUAACGCACCAGAAAAACACAGUCUUCUUGUUCUCGAUGAUCAUGAUCUUUCCCCCCUUAUCAACAAAUAUAUCAGUCGAAAGAUGGCAGAAAUCCGAGACCUUGCCAUGAACAAACAAUUUGUUCUUACAAUGGAAAAACAAUUGUGCGAGCGUGCAAGCAACACAUUUAUUUGGGCUUCUUUAGUUAUUUUGGGAUUUAAAAAUUCACCAGAGAAAGAUUGGAGACGUAUUCUGGAUCGUAUCCCCAGCGAUCUUCAAAAGCUGUAUGAAUUCCUAUUCGAGAAGCUACGCGAUCCAGACUGCAAGGAUGUUCUUGCCGUAGCUAUGCUGGCUAAUCGACCUUUAACUUUACCGGAGAUAGAGCAACUCUCUGGACUGGAGCCAGGUAAAAAUGCUGGAAGAAAUACCGUUACUUUGUGCGGAUCUUUUCUGACACUUCGCGACGAGACUGUUUAUCUGAUACACCAGACGGCCCACGAUUGGUUAGUUGAAAGACACUACCGUCUUCGCAGGGAAUCAUUAAAGGAACUUCACGCUUACGUCUACGAGAAUGCACUCAAAGGACUCAAGGCAGUGUUGAAACAGAAUAUAUACAACCUUCCUCAUUUUGGCAUUUUGACAGAGGAGGUGAAGCCCCCGUCAGAUGAUCCGCUAUCACCUAUUCGCUAUGGUUGUCAGUACUGGGUAUAUCAUCUAAAGGAGAGCAAAGUCGUUCAAACCCCAGGUAUUCUUGAUUUCUUACGAGCCCACUUUCUUCACUGGCUCGAGGCUAUGGCAUUACUAGGGCUAUUACCCGAGAUACUCCAGAUUGUCACCGAAUUGCUGUUAUUAGAAGGCCAUCAUUCAAAAUCUGAAUUGUCCAAUUUCCUGCUUGACAGCAAGCGAUUCAUUAAAAAGAACCUGCCCACUGUGACUGUAGCUCCGUUACAGCUCUACGUUUCUGCACUUAUAUUUACACCAACGGAUAGCCUCGGCGGUAUCGGCUACCACUCGGCAUACUUAAGAAAGAACGACCCAGAAAAACUCGUAAUCGGAUUCAAAUACUCCUUCGUGAUCGAUGUUCUAUACGUCCUCUUUAUCAACGUGCCCAAAUUCGCUCUGCUAUUACUCUACAAUCGCGUAUUCCCAAAACCCUUGCGCGUAAAUCUCUUCGUUCGUCUUUUGAUGGUAUAUCUCAUCCUGCAUACUAUCGGUACGACCAUCGCUCUAUUCGUGAUCUGCCAUCCCUCAGCUAUCGAUUUUGAUUACAUACACCAUCCACACUCGAAGCAUUGUGGAAAUGCGCAGGCUCUACAUGAUUUGUAUAUCUAUGAGAGUUUGCCGAACGUCGUCAGUGAUGUUGCUAUUCUCGUUCUUCCGAUGACGGUUAUAUGGCGAGCGACGAUGGAUAAUCGCAUGAAACUUGGGCUGGCAGUGACGUUCUCAAUGGGCGGGCUAGGCAUUAUAGUCUCCAUUCUCCGGUUCAUAUACUACUACCGCGACGCCUCGACCACCGAUCCCAGCUGGGCGGCCGUCACACUCGAGAUCUACACUCAAGCGGAAGUUGGUACCUAUCUGAUCUGUGCCUGUCUACCGACUUUCCGCCCAUUUCUCAAUUGCUCGUUUCGGGAAAGACAUGUCCAGCUUCCAUCCAUGAUGUAUAGUGGUAACCCUAUGCAUAUGCCAGCACCGGAACGGAACAUGAGACCUAAUAGUUUUGCGAGUUGGGAAGAGCGUUAUUGGGCGGAUGCGAAUCGCUUGGAAAAUGGGCCCAAGAAUCAGUUAUAG